UUGUGCCCAGAUCAUGGGAUCGAGUAACUCGCACCUGCUAAAAGACACGGUUGUCAAUGACUCUGUCCGCCAUUAUUUUUUCUUGACAAGGGAGUCAACUCGAUUAAAUUAAUUUCCGGUGCACUGUUUUCAAGUUGGUGCUUGCUGCAGUUGAAUGAAAGAAGAUUGAUAGACAAAGCCCAACAAGCUAACAGCCUUCUAAUGUUUUUGUUUUUUGCAAGUUGUGUUUUGACAGAACGAUCGGCUCGAUCUGUUUUCAGGUGGUAGUGUACCACACUGCUCUUCAUUGCAAAUCUAGUUUUCUGUCUCCAUACAUUCUCAUCAAUCAUAUUGACAUUAUUGACAGUUGCUGUUGAGUGGAAGGAUCAAUCUUCACUUCAUGAUGAUGAUGUCAGGUGGACAAUUCACUUGCAGUUAAAGUUUAAGUGAUUGUGUGCUUUGUGAUGUUAUCAAGAGACAUAGACAAUGGUGGUACCCGAAAUGGCAGUGCUCAGACAUAACUUUAUAUUUAUACAUGCUGAAAAAUGACUGAAGUUCAACAUAGCUGAAAUUAACAAAUAUUCCCUGACCCAGUGUCAUUUGACUGGUCUGGGAAGCAAGUUCCUGAAAGUUCAGACCCCAGCAAUCUGUCAUCAAUUUCUUAUUGUUGUGGAACGCUCCUGCAAACAUCAUGUCGUUUUCCCAAUAUCAACUGCCGUACCAGAACCAACUGCAGUUCAAUCUUGAUGUCCCUCUGACGACAAACAAUCUGGCAGCUCACUUUCAGCACCCACGGCCAAUAUUUGUGGAAAGAAUAAGUGGUCAGCAUGCAAUCCCUGGCAAGAUACCAUCUAGAAAAGAAGGUAAAGAUGAUCCAGGUGGGCAGGCUGGGCACAACUACUCUGUUUUGUCUGAAGAUAAAAUGGAGAUGAUGUCGCAGUUAGCAAGACGGGAUUUACGAAACAGAAAAUUACAAGCUGAGCAGAACGGUAAAAUUGUAGGUGGUGAGUCUCAUAGCCCCACUGCCUCUCCUUCUCGUGCUCAUCUGUAUAAGAAAACGUCAUGUUCCCGCCUCACUCGAGAUCAGGGCAAUAGAUCAAAGCAUCCAUUGAGGGCCAGAGAAGCGGAGAGGAAUCGAAGGCUGGGAGCUGUUCAGACUCCCCCUCCAAGGAAGCCAGUGCCUCGCUCUACCUAUGCAGAUGAUUCUUUUGUUUCCACCAGAAACACCUCUUUAGACCUGAGCAGGGAUGCAGAUGUGUACUUUCCUGUGAAGCCGUUUGUCCCAGAGGGCAGUGAGCCUGCCAAAGAAGACAUCGUCAGGCUGCAGCAGGAAUUGGAGGGAUACUUACGUCUCAUUGGCCAUGUGCAGGAGAGAGCUAUUGCAGAUGGAAAUACUAAAUUCCUGCACCUUCCAGCAAAGGGCAAAUCUAAGGAUGGGUUUCUCGAUCAGAUAGAGGAUCUUGAUCGUGCUCGUGCCCGUGUUACUGAGCAGAACAUACGAUCAGCUCGCAACACCUACAACCUGCGACAAAAAGUGAAGCAGCUGCAGAGAGAUUUGGCCCAUGCAGAUCUCAAUAAACCACAGAAGAAGAACCAGAUCCUGGCUCAGGUGAACAGUGUCCACCGAGGAGCAGUCAAGUCCCUCCAGACAUUCGUCAACCAACUGCCACACCAGGACCUGAGCUCCGGUCUUCCGUCACACUACCAGGAGUUAUCCCUCCUGCUGCGGCAGCUCACAGCCCUCAACGCCCUCACUCAGCAGGGGAAGCAACUGCAUGGAAAGUGCGAAUUACUCACCUUGCUAGACAACAUCGAUACUUCGAAUGCCAAAUGGUGCUGUAAGCAGCAAAAGCAAAAAAAUCCAGUCGAAGAUAAAAAUGAUAUGAAAGGGGCCAGCCGGCCGUGGGUCAGUGAUACAAAGGUCGCUAAAGAGUUUGGGCAGCCGAAGAUGAGGCAGUUUUCAGUGCCACAAUCCAAGAAGGCACCAGUUACAAAACAAAUUGUGUCUCGGGGGAGGCCAACGAUGAGGGCUGUGGGCAAAGAGAACCGCAGAGUCGCUGAUAAUGAGCGGAGAGCUAUGCUGAAGGCCGGUGUUGCUGCCCUGGUGGGUCCCAGACCACGAAGCAGGUCAGUGGAGGAAAGAGCUGGUGGUCAGUCAGGAAUGGCAUGGGAAGUGGACAUGCGAUCUCAACCAGAGCUGCCUGAUCACACCAAGGGUUAUCUCCUCCCAUCUGAUCUCAGGGCCAAGAGAGAACGAGCUCAAAGGGCAGUAGAGAUCUCCAACCAGCGACGACAGUUUGCCGCAGAGUUAAGGUCCCCAGGACGAGCUCCCCCUCACUUUGCCGAGUCCACCAUUUCAGCAGCUUUGAAAGCUUCUCCAGGUCGUCCUACAUCUGCUCCGGCCUCCCCAAAAAGAAAAGAAGUGAACUUUGACCUGGAGGAAAAAUCUCCUGUGCCAUGGAUUCCUGCUGGAUCAGGCUCAGGGAAGAGGAAACCUAGGUCAAGGUCACUGAGCCCUGGCUACAGUCCGUUCUACAUCCGUGACCUGGACAGAGAUGAUGUCAGAAAUGUCUUUCCGGGUCACCGCUCUCUUAGGACUGGGGAUACAGAAAGGAAAGGGGCUGUACAGGACUAUGGCUAUCGGUCUUUACCUUCGCACAAUCAGUUACGGUCCAACCAAGUGUCAGACUCCUUGCUCGACGACCUGGAGGCGCGCCUGUACAAUCGUUUGGCUGGGGUGGAAGAGACAUCAUCUCACUAUCCACCUGCCGGCAAAAUGUGGCAGAGAGAUGAUUCCACCAUUGACUUGACCGAUGGUGAGUUUGAGGACAGUGGUGACCUUGACAUUACUGACCUGGCUGACCCGGGAGAGGGGCUCCGAAGGGAAGCUGUGUCCAUGAUGGAUGCUCCUACUCUGGAGAAUGUGAAGUUGAGGCUAGCCGAGAUGCAGAGGGAGCAGAGAGAGAUCCGUCAGAGGUGGUCUACACUCAAAUUCACAGAGACCAAGCGAAGCUCCCAGAGAUUCACACAAAGUGAAGUCCGCAAUGAAGAGCCCCUGCCACCACCAGCUAUUGAGGUGACUCGAAUGACCAGAUCAGAGAGACCAGUUCAGCUACAAGGACCUGUCAACAAGGACUGGGUGGAAGAACCGUUGCUCUUCACAAAAUCCUCAGCAGUGACUCGUGUGCAAUUCCAUCACACAGUGACUGGCGGAGCUAAGAAUGACCUUGGUCUUCAGAGGUCACUCGUUGUGCCCGGAGGCUGUCGAGCAAAAAAACUGCUGACCAUGAAGCAGACGGCAGUGGAGAGAAUCGCUGCAGAUCGUGACCGCUACGAGAGUUACCUAAGGAAACAUUCACAUCAUCCGACUGGAAAGUUUGAUCCAUGGAUGUUAAUGGAAGAGAUUUCAGAUGAGAUUUUCUCUGAGUGCCUUCAAGAAGUUGCCGGUGAGGUGGAGCAGAUCAAUGAGGAAAUAGCCAAUCACAUGUACAAGUCAGAGUUCAUGGUGGACAAGAGCCAAUCAGAGAGCAUCAUGCCUGAGCCCAGUUACUUCCCUCUGGAACAGCCUGUGGCUGAGGAAGAGAACUUCUUCCCCGUGCAGGAGACCCGUUCAGAUGGGAUCAUGAAGGAGAGGGCAGAGAGUAUCCAUCAUCGUCUCCAAACCCAGCAGGAAGAGGAAGCAAGAAAAGUAUUUAUGGACAAAGGGGGCGAUAGGUUGGUCGGGGCUGGUGACACGAUGGCCUUGAACCUGGACAAACUCUCGGAGGAGAGGGAUUCGUCCGUGGAGAGGAAGCUGAGCCCGGAGAGAAAGGGUGGGGGUUCAUCAGCCGGCCAGAGCCCGGUUCACACGGGGUCAGCUAGACCUUCGCCGAACCUUUCGGCCCGUGAACCUUUCUUGGAUGAUGUGUCACAGUUUGUGAGUCGAGGACAUGAUGAGAGUGGCUCAGCUGGUGAUGGUGCGGACAGAAGGCUCGAUGACGGGCAGCAAGAGAAAGAUGAUGACGAGUAUACCGAGGAGACAGACCAACAAGACGAAGAUGAGGAGGAUGAUGAUGAUGAUGAUGAUUAUUCAGAUGAUAAUUUUGAAGAUGUCAGUGAUGUGGACAUAGGAUAGAUAUUGUUUUUACACACCGUUUUUAUAUAUAGGCCUAGCUUUUAUUUUGAUAAAUAUAAAGUCCUCUUUCAUUUUCCUGAGCCAUACUAUAGAUGUACAUUUACCUGUUGAUACCUAACGGAAGAAUGAAGCCACUUUUUAAUGCUGUAAAUGACACCCUCAAAGGUGUUAUCUUUUUGGUGUUGGAGUCUCUUGUCUCCUCUUGCAUUUCAAAGUCCGACACUGUGUGACAUUGUGAGAGCACAUCUUUGUCUUUUUAAAAAUAUUCCAGCACACAAAAGAGUAUUAAAAUUGUACUUACUAUUCAAUAUUUAUUGUGUUAACUAAUAUCAUCUUUAAGUGCAGGAAGUAUGCUCUAUGUAUUAUGUAUAUAUGUAAAAA